UGUGACCUCGCAGCUGAGCUCCUCGUCUUCAAGCUCUUCAUUCGUUUCUCUCCCAAGCCCCCCUCUCCCCCAUCCCUUUUCUUAGUCCUUUUAUCACGUCAACGUCUUUCGAGCCCCCUCAAGUUUCUUAAGCUACUCCCCCCGGCUCUCUCUCUCAUUUCUCUCUCUGAUUCUCAACACAACCCAUCGUCUCAACUGCCCCAUCAUCAUUCUCCUUUGACCUCCUUCAAUGGCAAACCACGGACCGAUAAAUGGCGUCAAGAUUUCACGUACGUUUUUUUUUGCUCCUCAAUUGUCGCUACUCGCAGCUAAUCGAACUAUUCUGUCUGUCCUGUUUUCGCUUCACGGUUUUGUAUCGUGUCCUCGACGACUUCCGUUCCUUGUUAUCGGUCUGAAUCCAUCGAUAUCGCUUCAAUCGGUUCACUCCAACCAGCCAUUGACGACCCUCACAAAGUCGUCAAGGUCGUAGCCACCGACGGCAAGUCGGGUGACACACGGGAAAUCUCGUAUAACAACUGCAAAGUCAUCGGGAAUGGGUCUUUUGGUGUUGUUUUCCAAGCGAAACUUGUAGACUCCCCGAAGGAAAAUGAGGAUAUAGCCAUCAAGAAAGUUUUGCAGGAUAAGCGGUUCAAAAAUCGUGAAUUGCAGAUAAUGAGACUAGUUUCCCAUCCGAACGUUGUAGACCUUCGAGCAUUUUUUUACUCUAACGGGGAUAAGAAGGACGAGGUUUAUUUGAAUCUCAUGCUGGAAUAUGUGCCGGAGACUGUUUAUCGCGCCAGUCGCCAUUAUGCCAAACUCAAGCAGCCCAUGCCUAUGCUACAAAUCAAGCUAUAUAUGUACCAGCUUCUACGGUCUCUCGCAUACAUUCACUCUGUCGGUAUUUGCCACCGGGACAUCAAACCUCAGAAUCUGCUGUUGAACCCGGCGACAGGGGUUCUUAAAUUAUGCGACUUCGGUUCCGCCAAAAUACUUGUUGCUGGUGAACCGAACGUCAGCUACAUUUGCUCGAGGUAUUAUCGUGCCCCAGAACUUAUUUUCGGUGCCACCAACUAUACAACCAACAUAGACAUCUGGUCGACGGGAUGUGUGAUGGCGGAGCUGAUGCUGGGCCAGCCUUUGUUCCCUGGAGAGAGCGGCAUCGAUCAGCUGGUAGAGAUUAUUAAGGUUUUAGGAACCCCCUCCAGGGAACAAAUCAAGACGAUGAACCCUAACUAUAUGGAGCACAAAUUCCCACAAAUCAAGCCCCAUCCCUUCUCGAAAGUCUUCCGACCACGGACUGCCCCUGAAGCUAUAGAUCUGGUGGCCAAAUUGCUUGAGUAUACUCCUGGAGCACGAUUGUGUGCUAUUGAGGCUAUGGUCCAUCCACUUUUCGAUGAGCUGCGGGCCGAAGGCGCCAGGAUGCCCAACGGAAAGGAGUUCCCACCGCUAUUUAACUUCACUCGCGAAGAAUUAUCCGUGCGACCGGACCUAAUUCGACGCCUUGUUCCAUCACACUGUGAGACUGAGCUGGGCUCGCGUAACAUUGUGCUGGACAACUUUGUACCCAUACCACUGGAGCAGAUGAAGAUAACGCUGGAUUGAGUGCUGACCCUCGCUGGCGUAUAUUGUUUGGGAUUCGUACUAUAUAUAUGUUGUGUGUGUAUGUGUGUUAUGCGUGCGGUUUCAUUCUAUCGUCUGUUCCCCUUUUCCCGCUUUGCGUAUUACUUAUAUAACCAGAAAUGAAGUAUAUUGUAAAAAUACAGCACCGUAGGUGAAGAAACCACAAAGUUGGGC